GUCGCAUACGGAAAUGCAACUGCGCUUAAAUAGAUACGUGCAGAAUGAGACUAAUGCAAAAAUGGUUUUUCUCAUAUCAAUAUUAUUGGAGUCAGAGGAGAUGGUUAUUCAUGUGAUAGGUGAAGAAGUUUUGGAUAGAGAAUUGAGAUUUCCUGUAAGCUUUGGAUCCUAUAGAGAUGAGCCGGAGACAUUUUUUGUCCUUGAAUACUUGAGUGAUUUUAAUUAAAAUUAUAUAAAGAACAAUAUUUUAUAUGAGGCUGUGGCAAAUAAAACAUCAUUAAUCACAAAUGUUGAAAAACUCGAUCAAGAGUUGUUAAGAUAUAUCAAUAAAAUAAUUAACUUGACAUCAAGUGCCAGUUUUUCUCUCUUGACAAUCCCAAUACAACAUCCUUUUAAGGAUUAUACAGCCUUGCUUGUAUGCCUUGUAGAUUGUAUGAAAUGUACAGAUUGUAUGGAUGAAGAUGAAUCUAAACAUGUCUCUACAGAAAUAGUUCAGGAAUGCUUUAGGUUCUGCCUUGGAUACUUACUGAGCUCUUUGCGCUACUUUGAAGAAACACGAGUGAAGCAACAAUGCCAGAAUUUGCUAGCUGUUUCUAGAAAACUUUAUACACAUUUAGGAGAUUUACCUGAUCUUUUACGUGAAAUUAUGGCGGAAGUCAGAAGAUUAACAAAUGCAGAAAGAUGUUCUUUAUUUCUUUUGGAUCCUGACCAACAAGAUCUGGUCGCAAAAGUAUUUGAUGGUCUUUCUACAAAAGAAAAUACAAACGAAAUGAGAAUACCCAUCGGGCAAGGUAUAGCUGGUCACGUUGCGACCAGCGGCAAAUUGCUCAAUAUUCGCGAUGCGUAUAAUCAUUCCCUCUUCUACCGUGGGGUUGACGAAUUAACGGGAUUUAGAACUAGGAAUAUUUUAUGCUUUCCAAUACGAGAUGAGAAAGGCAUUAUUGGAGUAGCUCAACUUUGCAAUAAGAUGAAUGGUUUAUACUUCGAUGUCUCUGACGAAGAGAUCGCGAUGGCGUUUAGUAUUUAUUGCGGUAUAUCGAUAAUGCAUAGCAUCAUUUAUAAGAAAAUGCAGGAUGCUCAAGGACGAAACAAACUUAGCAAUGAGAUAAUGAUGUAUCACAUGAAGGUAGAAGAAUCUGCCGUGGAAGCCUUAUUAAACUGCAGGGACGAUCACAGCAUUAAGAAUUUCAACGAGUUUCAUUUCAAUCCAAAGAAUGUGCCCUACAAACACAUACCUUGUUAUAUCAUUAAGAUGAUCACAGAUUUAUCUUUCCUUCAACAUUGGAGGAUUAAAAUGUCGACGCUCGCGAGGUUUAUACUAUAUGUCAAGAAAGGUUACAGAGACGCACCUUAUCACAAUUGGAUACACGCAUUCUCCGUGACGCACUUCGGAUAUUUACUAAUAAAAAAUAUGCAGCUUAUCGAGGAGAACUAUAUGACACCUCUGCAGGCUCUGGUGUUCCUUGUGUCGUGUCUAUGCCACGAUAUAGACCACAGGGGAACUAAUAAUACCUUCCAAACCAAGUGGGGAACUAUAUUGGCGAGCCUUUAUAGCUCGGAAGGCUCUGUCAUGGAGAGGCAUCAUCUCGCGCAAACAAUGUGUAUCUUAAAUACCGAAGGUUGCAAUAUAUUCGAAAAUUUCGAGAGCAACGAGUACGGUGAAGUCUUGGACUUACUGAGGAACAAUAUACUCGCCACCGAUUUGGCCUCCCACUUUCGUAGUAGGGAAAGGCAAGAGGAGAUGGCUCACGAUGGAUAUAAUAAGGAUGACCUAAGGCACAAGAAGCUAUUGUUUGAAUUGCUUAUGUCUUGCUGCGAUCUUAGCGAUCAAACCAAGGAUUGGAAAGUCGUAAAGAAGACCGCGGAGGAAAUAUACGACGAAUUCUUUACACAAGGUGAUCUAGAGAAAAGCAUGGGCAGCGCGCCUGUCGAAAUGAUGGACAGGGAACGUGCGUCUAUUCCCGAUCUCCAGAUACAAUUCAUUACUAACUUGGCCAUACCUAUCUUCACUAAUCUAUCGUUGUUGUUUCCAUCGGCGGCACCUCUCGUCUCCAUGGUAGAACGCAAUCGUUCGUUGUGGGAAGUGGCUAAAGUUUUGUUCCAAAAGUAUUCUAAAAAUGGUUUGAAAGGAAUAGAUAUUUUACACGAUCCCAACUUCGAAGACGAAGUACUCGCAAUAUUUGCUCAAGAAGGACACUGUUCCGCUGGGAAUUUUGACGAAUGCAGAUCAUAAAGCGAUCAUGAAUAUUUUAUAAGUAACGUUCGAGAGAAAGCUCCAGAGUCUAACAACAUUCACCAUUUGAAAGGUGUAUGUAGGAAUUACGAUAUAGAAUAAUAACAAUUAUUCAAAUAACAUUUUGUUCAUAAUAUAUGAUAAACUUUGUUGUUUUUGCAGCAUAAUAUAAAAAAAAAUAAUUUUAUGAUUUGAUGCAUUUUUAUAUGGAAACACUUAAAUGUAAGCAAUAAGUUAAUUCAAAAUCAAAAUAUAACUUUACAAGCAAUGAGUUAAUUUCAUUUAUUAUAUAAAAAUAGACAUAAAUUACUACUUAAAUAAUUCAGCGAAAAAACCAGGCAACUAUUAAAUAUAUCUUGUGUACUGUUGCUUUUAAUAAUUUUUACUACAUAUUGCACAUCACUGUCGAUUAUAAAUAUACUUAAAAGAUAUCUUGACAUUUUAGAAUUCUUGUUACUAAUAUUUAUCACAAUAAUUUAGGUGUAUGCACAUAAUGACUUUUGCAGAGAACUUUUCCUGGCUUUGUACUUCACCAAUGGAUAUAUAUAAUAUUUUGUAUAUUUAAAUAAUACUAUAUAUUAAAUGUGAUAUAAAUCAAGAGAGGUGCUGUUUACACAAUUAGAAAUAUGUAUAAAACUAAUUAGCAUUUGUAAGGAUAUGUGAUAAAUAAAAGAAUGUGAUAAUA